AAAUCCGGAAGCGGGUACCCUGUAUCACUUCCUGUUUCGUCGGGGUCAGUUGGUCUCGGACUGGACAAGGCUGGGGGGGAAUCUAGGGAGUGUAGCCGAAGCACGCGGGCUGGAGCUGGCUGGUUUGCGGAGGCCCACUGCCGAUCCGUCCUCCCCCGAGCCGCACGCGCCUUAACUCCGGUCACCUCCAAUUUAUCCUCAUGCCUGCCGACGACGACGUUGCUGAGUGUGUGUUGCGCGCCUUUGACGCGCUGCCGCCCAAGCGCAAGCCGCGCGCCCGUGAUGCCGCGUCUAGGGAAUGGGUGCCUCUGGCUGGCGUCGUCUUGGCAAACAUGGCAUCCAUGCCCGCCGACACUGGCGCCUUGACUUGCGCCGCUCUGGGGACGGGCAUGAAAUGUCUCCCCGCUUCCAGGAUCCCCGCGGCCAAUGGCGUCGUCCUGCACGACUGGCACGCCGAGGUUCUGGCCAUCCGUGCCUUCAACCGCUUCCUCAUCGACGAGUGUGCUGGCCUCUUGUCCGGACGUGAAUCGGAAUUUGUGAGACUGCGAGAGCAGCAUGAAUUGUCUCUUACAUCCUUCCAGCCGUUUGCCGUCCGCGAUCAUGUUCGAAUCUACAUGUACUGCUCCGAGGCUCCAUGCGGCGAUGCCAGCAUGGAAUUGACCAUGGAAGCCCAAGAAGAUGCCACCCCAUGGGCAUUGCCUCCAAAGGCUGCAGUCGAAGCUGCAGUCGCCGAAGAUGCUCAAGUCCUACGCGGAAGGGGAUAUUUUUCAGAACUAGGAAUCGUGCGACGAAAACCUGCUCGUCCAGAUGCUCCCCCCACACUGAGCAAAUCCUGCACCGACAAACUUGCCAUGAAGCAAUGUACUUCCCUCCUCACCGGCAUAUCCUCCAUCCUCGUAAACCCUCAAACGGCCUACCUCCACACCCUGAUCCUCCCAGAAUCUCAACACGUACCCACAGCCACCACUCGUGCAUUCGGCGCCUCUGGUCGAAUGUCCGGCCUCACAAACACCGACUCCUACCGCCCCUUCGACGUCGUGUCAACAUCGCGAGAGUUCAAGUGGUCCCGACGAAGUGGUCAGCCCAACCAAACCCUUGUUCCCUGCAAUAUCAGCGCUUUAUAUACCCCUCAUCACCAGGAGACUCUGAUCAACGGUGUGUUGCAGGGGAGGAAGCAGGGCGAUUUGAGAGGAAUGAGCGUUGUUUCGAAGCGGUCAAUGUGGAAGGCGGUCACUGAUCUUGCUUUGCGGUUAAGGGAUGCAGAAAUUGCGGUGCCUGUGGACUUGGCAGGGCUGACUGACGCAAGCUGUGACUAUGGGACAUUAAAGGGAAGUGGGCUGCUUGCGGCGAGGGCUCUGGUUAAAAGUGAAGCCGAGAAGAUUUCUUUGAAGGGCUGGGUAAGGAAUGUGGGGGAUAGUAGCUUUAGUCUCGAGACUGCUCAAUCCGAGAAACGCAAGACAUGA